GCUUGAGCUUUGGGGACAAAAUGCCAAUUCCCACCGGGCAGGAAGGUUGGCUCCUUCUCCUUCGGCCAUCCCAGGAGUGGAGACGCCAACCUGAGGUGUCAACGCCCAGGGCGCAGACUUGAGGGCAAGACAAACCUCGAUGCCCAAGAGGUGGACUAUUGGAGUCCAAGGCUUGCUCAAGGGCAAUUCACCCCAUCCUAAACCCAACGUCUAAAGGAGAUUAGAGCUUCCCUCGCUGCUCCUCCUUCCUCCACCCGCGGUGGGACCUUUUAUAUGUUCACUCCGCUGCAGGCAGCAAGGAGAAGAGGAACGGGAGCGGCCGGAGGAGCUGCUGCCAUGGCCUCCAGAUCAUCUAGAGCAAGGGAAGGGGGAGAAGAGAGCACCCACCACAGCGUCCUGCAGUGCCGGCCGGAUCCUGGCCACCUGGGCUGUGUCCCCACCAGCUGCGGAGGUGGGACAGCCCGAUCCUGGCCGGAGCGAGGAAGGCUUGGAGAUGCCGAGGCAGUCGGCCACCGAACCCGGCUCGGGAAAGGAAAUUUCCAACCCAAACAGCAUUUGGAGCAUUUAACGGAGAAGCUGAAGCUCCUGGGGCUGGAAGGAGGCGGGGAGGAGACGGAGCAGCUCUGCCGGCGGCGCAAGAGGACGAUCACCUUCAAGGGGGAUGCAAAACCACCUGGCUCCAGCCGUGAUGGACCACGGGCUCACGGGGGUCCCACCACAGCCUACGUAGAGGAACCUGCCCAGGAGGACAGGGACCAAAUACACAGUGACCUGGAGAAGCUCAAGAAACAAAGGGAAGAGAUUUUGGAAUUGAAAAUAAGUGGAGAGAGGCGAUGCCAGGACUAUUUGACGCUGACGGAGUUCGAGAGACAGAAGAUUGUGUCUGAAUUUCGGCAGCUGCGCCGGUUUCUGAAGGACCAAGAGCUCGUCCUCCUGGCUCGGCUGGGAGAGCUGGACAGGGAGAUGAUGAGGAGGCAGGAGGAAGAGGAGAACAAGAUGUCAGGGGAGAUUUCACUCCUCGACAUCCUCAUCUGCGAGAUGGAGAAGAAGCUUGAGCAACCUGUGAGCAGAUUCCUGCAGGACGCCCGGAGUGCUGUGGCCAGGUGGGAGACGGGGAGUGCCCGGAGGACAACGGAGACCUUCUCGGACCUGGAACAGAGGCUCCGUGUAAUUUCUCGACAAAACUAUGUCCUCAGAGAGACACUGGGGAGAUUUCAAGACAUUUUGCCAUCCGAACUGGAGAAGGAGCAAGUAUCAUCUCUAGGAGGAAACGGGAAAGCAUUCGUGACUCUGGACCCCGACACCGCCAACGCCCGGCUCAUCCUGUCCCGGGACCGACGGGGGGUGAGAUGGACGGAUUCAGGGCAGGAUCUUCCCCCCGUCACCCCCCAACGCUUCGAUGCCUCCUCCUGCGUGCUGGGCUGCCAGGGCUUCACCCUGGGGAGCCACUGGUGGGAGGUGGAGGUGGCCGGAGGCAGGACCUGGGCGCUGGGGGUGGCCCGACGCUCCGUGCCCAGGAAGGGUUGGCUUGAGUUUCAACCGGAGAAGGGGAUCUGGGCGCUGGGGCGGUGCGGGAAUCGCUACCGCGCCUUCACUUCCCCCAUCACCACCCUCCCCGCCACGGGGGAAACUGGGAGGGUGCGGGUGGCUCUGGACUACGGAGGGGGGCAAGUAGUGUUUUACCUCGCCGGGCGUGAGGCCCCCGUCUUUACGUUCCAAAAAGCCUCAUUCAAGGGGGAGAGCAUCUUCCCUUUCUUCUGGGUGGGGAGAGGCUCCCGCCUCCGCCUCUGCCCGUGAGAUUUCCCUGCCCUCACCCUGUCCAGAUUUGGGGGGGUGUCUUCUGUUCAUUCUGCACAUUUUUCCUUUUUUUGUUUGUUUUUUU